CGGUCGUUCAGUAACGUUCGGAUAACGGUAAAUGCCGCAACGGUCGUCGGACAACUACGUUCAAUCGUGAGCUCGUUCGUGUCGUUCGGUGAUUUAUAUUUCCGUAUACUGUUUUCGUAUUUUUUUUUUUUUUUUUUUUUUUAUUUCGUUCGACAGCCAUUUGACACUAUACUAUUAUAAUUUUCGCAAAGUAUUAUUCAGAUCAAUCGGCACCACUAUCGCGAUCUUUGGAACUCGCACGAUCACACAGUCACUUUAGAUAAUUUCACACAAGCGAACGGUCACCACUGGGCAGCGAUCGUCACCCGGGCACGCGGAACAGCACUCGACCCUCACCUAACCCCGGCAACAACACGACCGGCCGGAACAGCACCCACCGCCGGCGGGAAAACCACCGCGCGCGAUGUGACCGCCGUUCGGUGGGUGGACGGCCACCAUGGACCCGCAGAUGUGGUGGUACGACACGGGACUUGUACCAGGAGGAGUACAGUUAGCUGCUGCGGUUGUCGGUAACGGCACGGGCGGCGGAAGCAUCGGCGGCGGUGUCGGUGUCGGCGUCGACGGAGACGGCGGCGGCGGCGGCGUCGGCGGAAGUGUCGGUGUCGGGUGCAACAACAGUAGCACCGGCGGCGGCGUUGGCGGGGUCGGUUGCGCGAUCGGACCGGACAACAAAACGGCGCACACGGUGGCCGGAAACGACGGUACGGCCGCCAUCGGCGGCGGCGGCGGCGGGGGCGGAACGGUGGCGGACGACGUGGCCGGCACCGUGGGCCCGGUGCUCGUCUUGAAGACGGUGGCCAUGUGUUCGAUAAUACUGUGCGCGGUGCUGGGCAACGCGCUGGUGGUGAUCAGCGUGGUGCGGCACCGGAAGCUCCGCAUACUCACCAACUACUACGUCGUGUCGCUGGCGUUCGCCGACUUCCUGGUCGCCCUGUGCGCCAUGUCGUUCAACGCCAGCGUCGAGAUCACCGGCAAGUGGAUGUUCGGCUACGUCAUGUGCGACGUGUGGAACAGCCUGGACGUGUACUUCUCUACCGCGUCCAUACUGCACCUGUGCUGCAUCAGCGUGGACCGGUACUACGCCAUCGUCAGCCCGCUGCAGUACCCGAUCACCAUGACGCAGCGCACCGUUCUGUACAUGCUGCUGAACGUGUGGACGCUGCCGGCGCUCAUAUCGUUCUUGCCGAUAUUCUUCGGUUGGUACACGACCGCCGAACAUCAGGCGUUCCGCCGCAAAAAUCCGAUGUCGUGCGUUUUCGUCGUCAAUCGGUACUACGCCAUCAUAUCGUCGUCCGUCUCGUUUUGGAUACCCGGCGUCGUCAUGAUCGUCAUGUACUACAGGAUCUAUAAAGAAGCCGUUCGACAACGACAAGCCUUGUCCCGGACAUCCAGUAAUAUCAUUUUGAACAGCAUACAUCAACACAGAAUUCAACAUUAUAGUCAUAGAUUACGGCCUCCGGAUAGCGAAAACAUGUCAAAUGGAAACGUUCCAACGGCGACAAAGACCACGAGCACAAGUUGGAGGACAGAACACAAAGCUGCUCGCACGCUGGGGAUCAUCAUGGGCGUAUUCCUGUUGUGCUGGUUGCCAUUUUUUCUUUGGUAUGUGAUUUCGACUUUAUGCGGAGAUCCAUGUAGCUUCCCGGAAACACUUGUGACUGUGUUAUUUUGGAUCGGUUAUUUCAAUUCAUCACUGAACCCACUGAUAUACGCCUACUUCAAUAGAGACUUCAGGGAAGCAUUCAAAAACACUCUACAGUGUGUGUUCCCGUGUUGUCAGUCAUGUUGUCCAAAAGAAAGCGACACAACAGCCAUGAGUUAUGUUUAACCUGUCGGCAAUAAUAAUAAAUAAUAAUUAUUAUUAAUAUUAUUAUUAUUAUUACUACCUACUAUUAAAAUUAUAUAAUAAUAUAAAUAAAAGUUAUAACAAUAUUAUUACAUUAAGAUUUGUGUUUUAAUGGAGUUACUCUAUAUAAGUUGAACGUUCUUAGAUGAAAACUAUUUGCAUUGUACAAUUUGUAUUGUUCAGUGGUAGGCUAAUGACUUAGCCGUUAAUAUAAAUCAUUAUAUAAUGUUGUAUUAAAAAUAAAUAAAUAUUAAUUUAUAUUUGCAUAAAAAAAAAGCCGCUGUGAAAAUAAUAACGUACUUCACAAUAUUGUAUUGUAAUAUUGAUACCUAACUACCAUCUAGAUUAAUGUUGUAUAAAUACGUAUAACGUACCUAACAUACCGUUUGUACUAAACACGAUCCAAAACAAUACUUAAUCUUUAAGUUUUUAUUUAUCUAUAUGUGGUUUUUUCCAAAGCAUAUUAAUUUCGAUGAAUAUUGUAAUGAUUAUUUCAAUGAGUAGACUAUAUAUUAUACGAUUAUAUCAAGUAUAAAAUGUACAUUUAUAAACCACACGUCAUUAUAUAUUUAUAAUAAUAUAUUAUACAUACAUAUUU